GCUCCCAUGACUAGGAGUAUAGGACGUGGAAGCUACCUAGAAAUUCCCAUUUUCCUGAGAAACAAACACUAGAUUUUAAAACGUAUUAGUAGAAUGUGUCGUUCCCAAAAGCAUAUUUCCGCGGAAAAUGUUUCCAACUCAGGGAGAGGCCGAGGUCAAAUGACCCAAAAAGCUAAGCAGGAAAAAGAUCUUUGGACUCCAAUGUGAAAUGGCGCCAUAUCAUUCCUCUUAAGGCUGGAAGAUUUUUGUUGUUGUUGUUCUUCUUCUUUAUAUAAGUCCUCCAAUGCAUAACCCAGGACCCAUAAUCCCACUCCAGAAUCCAUAAUUCAUUCCAUCUUCUCUUGGGCAUUUUUCUCAUUGUUUUGGUGUACCAUGGGUUGCGAGAAGAUCACAUGGAGACGCAUUUUCUCUUGUUAUUUCACGACCAGGAACCAGAACCCCUUGCCGGCGCCGGAGCAGAAGGACCAAGUUUCGAAGCAGCAGUCCCCUCAAUCCUCCUUCCGGAGGAUAUCACUCUCAGAUUUGAGCGACCCCAGCUCGACGCUAUCCUUCAGCGACCUCUCCGGUUCCGUCAUCGGAUCAAACCUCCAUAUCUUCACUCUGUCGGAGCUGAAGGUAAUCACCCACGACUUCUCGUCCAGUAAUUUUCUUGGGGAAGGAGGAUUCGGACCGGUAUACAAGGGGUUCAUCGAUGACAAGUUCAGUCCUGGGUUUAAGGCUCAACCCGUGGCUGUUAAAUUGUUGGAUUUGGAUGGCACACAAGGCCAUAGGGAGUGGCUGACGGAGGUCAUCUUCCUGGGGCAGCUGCGGCAUCCCCAUCUGGUUAAGUUGAUUGGGUAUUGCUGCGAGAAUGAGCAGAGGCUUCUGGUGUACGAAUACAUGGUGAAGGGAAGCUUGGAGAACCAGCUGUUUAGAAGGUACUCUGUAGCCUUGCCAUGGUCAACAAGAAUAAAAAUUGCCGUGGGAGCUGCGAAGGGUCUCGCCUUCCUCCAUGAAGAAGAGAAACCAGUAAUCUUUCGGGAUUUUAAAGCUUCAAACGUAUUGUUGGACUCUGAUUACAAUGCUAAGCUCUCAGAUUUUGGGCUUGCAAAGGAUGGACCAGAGGGAGAUAACACACACAUUACGACCCGUGUCAUGGGCACACAAGGCUAUGCUGCUCCCGAGUAUAUCACAACAGGUCAUUUGACAACAAUGAGCGAUGUGUUCAGCUUUGGAGUAGUCCUGUUAGAGCUUCUAACAGGUAGAAGAUCCAUGGACAAGAACCGUCCUAGCAGGGAGCAGUGGCUGGUAGAUUGGGCAAGACAUCUUUUGAAGGAUCCCCAGAAGCUCGAACGUAUCAUGGAUCCUAGGCUCGAAGGGCUGUACUCAAUGGAGGGGGCGAAGAGGGCUGCUGCAGUGGCUUAUCUGUGCUUGAGCAGUCACCCCAAGUCCAGACCCACAAUGACUGGUGUGGUCAAGACCUUGGAGCCUCUCAUGGAUUUGGAUGACAUCCCCACUGGACCCUUCGUGUACAUUGUUCCAACUGAGAGCGAGAAGGGUAAAAAUGAUGCACCCAAGAAGAAGGAGAAGAGCGGAGAAAGGCAGCUGGAAAUGAAAGAUGUCCACCACAAGGGAGAAGUGCAGGUGGAAAAGAAUGAGGAGAAGCAGGAGGAAAUGAAGGAAGAAGUCCACCGCAGGCAUCAAAAGAGUCACAGGCACGGGAAGAGAAUGAGAUCAUUCAGGUCUCGUGCUGUUCACUCUGAUACUGCCUUGUAUAGAACUCUUGCAAUUGCAAAUGGUUUGAAUUCUCCCAAGCACCAACGGGAAAGACAAUAGACUAAUGGAAUAGAGAAUCUGCAAGCUCCUAUUUUUUUUUUUCCUCCCAUUCAGCAGUACAAUCAGGAUUUUGGUAAUGUCUCUUAUUCAAAAUAUACAUGUAUACAUACAAUGUAUUUUCACUUCCACAAUCGUAAAUUAUAUGGGUGUAGCAGCAAAGUUUCAAA